AUGAGAGUAGUAGCGUUAAUUAGUGGCGGUAAAGACAGCUGUUAUAACAUGAUGCAGUGUAUAGCUGCUGGCCAUGAUAUUGUUGCAUUGGCCAAUCUGAAACCGCAGAGUAAAGGUAUAUGAUUAUAUUUUAUUCUAUUGGUGUCAUGAUGUACCUAUUUGUAUUAAUUAUCAAUCAUUUUCUUUGCCAUUAGAUGAGUUGGAUAGUUAUAUGUAUCAAAGCGUUGGUCACCAAGCAGUAGAGCUAUAUGCAGAAGCUAUGGGACUUCCAUUGUUCAGGCAACGCACAAAUGGGGUUGCAUUGCAACAAGAAAAAAUUUAUACUCAUACUCCUGAAGAUGAAGUUGAAGAUUUGUUUGAUCUCCUUACUAACAUUAAAGUAUAUAUUUAGUGUACAAUGUAUUUAAAUUAUUUUUAUUAUGUGUAUGUAUAAUUUUAGACACAAAUUGAAUUUGAUGCUGUAGCAGUGGGUGCUAUACUUUCUGAUUAUCAGCGUCUACGAGUAGAAGAUGUGUAGGUUGACAGAUUAUUAAAAAUAAUACAGUUUGACUAAUUAUAUCAUUAUUUCCAGAUGUUCAAGAUUAGGUAUUUGCUCAUUGUCAUAUUUGUGGCGCCGUGAUCAAAAAGAAUUACUACAAGAAAUGAUUGAUUGUAAUAUUGAAGCAAUUGUUAUUAAAGUAGCAGCACUUGGAUUAGACCCAACAAAACAUUUAGGAUUACGAAUUGAUAAACUUAUGCCACAUUUGGUCAAAAUGGUAAAGAAAUAUUGAUUAUUUUCUAUAUAUUUUUAUUUAGAUAUAUUUAUACAUAUUCACUAUACUAAAUUGCAUGAAUAACAUGCUACUUCAACAAUGGAGUUCCUAGAAAUGCAUUUCAUAAGUCAAUAUAUUUAGGAAAUGUUAGUCUCCUUACAUAAAUAUUUAGAAGCCGUUUUUUAAUUUCAUUAUAAUUACAAUAAUGCAAGUUACAUUGUAAUUUUUAUUUAUUUAUAGAUUAGGUAUAGUUAGAGGAGUUUGGUAGUUUGUUUAUUAAUAAUUUAUUAAGUGAAUUUAGGUUUACCUCUUUAUUUUUUGAGAAGACAAAAAAAAAAAAUUGAAUAAAUUGUAAUGCAAAAUAUACUUAUUUUGGGAGGGAUAGGCUUGUUAUAUUUAUUUUUGUUGAGUGGAAUGUGUGUCUGACACGGAGAUACAGUGGGGUUCAUCCCGUUUCCUCCCUGACUUUUGUGUUGGUUUCCAGAAUGAAAAAUAUGGCUUAAAUAUAUGUGGCGAAGGUGGAGAAUACGAAACGUUCACUCUAGACUGCCCUUUGUUCACCAAAUCGGUGAUCAUGUAAGUAUACAAAUAAAUCCACACACUCGAUCACAAACAAAUAAAAAUACAACAUUAAAUAUCAUGUAUAUUCCAGUGAUCAAUGUUGUAAUAGUGGACAACAUUCUAGUUUUAGAAAACAAUAUAGUAUUGUUUGAUAUUAGAUCUCAUUUGAGAAUUUUUAUUUUCUAAUCCAAUUAGUAAAUAAUACAAAUUUAAAAAAAAGUGGCCUUUACAUUACAUAGUUGAAAGCAUUAUAAUUAUUUGUUAUACUUUAUUUUUUUUUUUACUUUUUUUGAGAUAGAAAUAUAACUAUUAACUGAUCAUUUUUGUAUUAUAUGUAUAUGCUUACUAUCUAUUUUAUCAACAUUAAUUAUUACUUUAUUAAGUUAGGUUCUCAAUUUAAAUAAUAGUAAUUCAAUUAUUUUUUUUUUCUAUUGUAAUAAAGAAUAAUUACAAUUAAACUGAAAUUAUAUCUAAUUAUAAUUUUAAAAUUUUAAGAUUUUAAUAUAUUAUUACAAAACAACUUAAACACUAUAAAUUACCUAAAGUAUGUAUUCUAAUAAAAUCAACAAAACAAUACAUUUUCUUUCUUUAAUAAAAUUAUUUUAAAUUAUUAGUGUGAUCCUUGGUACAUAUAUUUCAUUCAGCUAUAUAUCUUUGAUGUUUUUCAGUGAAGAGUUUGAAACUGUGAUGCACACCAAUGACACUAUUGCUCCUGUGGGAUAUAUAAAUUUUAAAAAAUUUUGCUUAUUAAAAAAACCGGUUGGUAAAAUUUUAAACUUAUGUUAUGAUUGAUAUUUUUAUUAUAAUAUUUGUAAUGAACUUAAAUGUAAAAUAUUUUUUUUUUUUUUUUUUUUCCCAAGAACGUUGAUGAAAAUCAAAGUUUUCGUGAUCGUCUAGCUGGUUAUCCUGUACGCAGUCCCCUAGCCCAUUUAAUGGACUUGGAAGAUUUGGAAAUUGACCUUGGUACUAGUACUGAUAGUGACAAUUUUGAUGAUGAUAUUCCAGACAACAAUAGUAUAAUUGUUGAUCAGAUUGAUAGUCCAGUAUAUUUCGGAGAACUCAUAGAGACAGAUUCUGUGUCCUAUAUUGGAUAUCCAAAUGGAUGGUCUUGGAUUAAUUCAUUAACUGGUUAUUGGGUCGGUGAUAAAUCUCCAAUUAUUGUUGCUUUAGAGAAAUUAAGAGGUAAUUUUAUAGUUAAAAAUUAAUAAUAAAUAAAUUUACAAUUACAAAGAGUUCUAAGAAUACAGUUAACAAAUUUGAUAUUAUUAAGCAUCAUAGUGUUCUUAAUUUUUAAAAAUAGUAUUUUUCAAAGCAUAUAAUCAUUUAGGGAAUGGUCACAGUGUAUGAAUAAACAGCACUUACUUUGGUGUUCUUGUUUUUUGCUUGUCCAGUUAUGGGUAUCCAUCUUGAAAGCAUUAAAAACAAACUAUGUUCUACUAAAACUAGUAUAUUUUCCAUUAUUUAACUUUUUAAGUUAAUGGAUUAAGAGGUCAUAAUAUCUGCAUUUGUUGUCUCCAUUUUACAGACCCACGAUAGCAAGUUUGUAUACAGCAGGCAUAAUUUUAUUGUUUUUUAAUAUUCGAGUGAAUUGACUUAUUUGCAAGCUUAAAAGUAAGAACAUUAUCUGGAGUUUUUGUGCAUUAAGUUUUUCUAAUAUUUUAAAUUUUAAGUAUUUUUAAAUUGUAAUAAUACAAAUACUCUUAUCUUGUUUUAAAAAAUUAAAAUACUUAUAUAAAUACAGAUAAUGUUCUUACCUUUAAGUUAAUAAAUCAAUCUUGAAGUUAAUUAAGUCUUAUAUUUAAAAAUAUGUAAACUGUCCCUGCUAAAUGCAUAUUUAGUAUUUUGAGCAUUUGUAGGACGGAAACGGUAUAUAUGGAUAUCACAUCUUAAAAAAUAGCAUUGGAUCAAACUGUUUAAAUUUUGAAUCAAGUCUACUGACAAAUUUGAACUAAACUUAUUCUGUUGAUAAUUAAGUAUUUUAUUUUUGAACAAAUAUAUUUAUAUAUUUUUUUUUAAAUCAAAUUUAGGAAUUCAUAUUCCUAAAGUCAUGAAAGUAGUAAUUUUUCUAUGAAAUAUUAAAUAUGUAUCAAUGUGAAAUCCAUAUCAUUUCCAAAGAAGAAUACAAAUUUAUUUUGAGAAAUUUUGUAAUAUAUUCCACAUAUUUGGGGUAUUGUAUGUAUUUAAAUGUCAUAUAUAAAUCUUAUAAAUUUCAAUUAUUUGCAUUCAAGUUCAAAAUUGUAAAAGUAGUUCAGUUUGGUUUGAUAAUUAAAAUUAAGGUUUAAUUUUUUAUUAUUAAAUUAUUUGAUAAUGACAUAUAUAUGUAUAUUUAUAAAAGAACAAGUAUUUUUGGUUAAAUUUUCCCAUAUCUAUUUUGUAUUAUAGUAAUAUUCUUUACAAAACAACAUAUAACCCAAAAUUUCAAUAAUAAAUACCAUAUACAAUUUUCAAUUGUGAAUCUUUAAAUGGUAAUAGUGGAGUUGAAAGUUUUAAAUCCCAAAAUGCAUAUCCUUGAUACUAACAUAAUUCAUGUAUACAAUUUCACCCUCCUGAUUUCAUCUGUUAGGUUUAUUUAAAGUUAAAAAAACAUCCUCCAUUUGAAACAACAUGCAAUUCAUGAAAUUUAAUUCAACUUUUAUAACUUCAGUCCACCUAUGAAUUAUUUCGUUAUUCUCAAGUUUGAGUUCAUUUGUUUCCAGGGGAUUGUAUAGACGUGUACAGCUGGAAAAAGACAUGUAUAACAAACACAAUAGACUGUAAUAAUCACUAUGCUUUAAUAAAAAUAAUUUGUAAUAUAAUAUAUUUUUUAAAUUACAAACAAUUUGACUGAAUAUUUCUUGUAUGAGUUUUGAAGAUUAAACUCAAUUUGUAUGAGAAACUACAUAGUUGAUGCAUAUUUUUUUAGAUUUGUUGCAUGAAAGAAAUUUGGAGUUAACUGAUGUUGUUGCUGUUACAUUAUAUGUUCGGGAUAUGACAGAAUUUCUUAAUAUGAAUGCACAGUAUGCAUCAAUAAUGUGUAGAAUUAGUCCUCCUGUGAGAGUUUGUGUUGAAAUACCUCUUUCAGAAAAUAUACCUAUUCUCAUGGAUGUUGUAGCUUAUAAACCACCAUCUAAAUCAUCUUCAAAUUCAAAUCUCCCAUCAGUUACCAAACAUACUAUGCAUGUACAGAGUGUAUCUCACUGGGCACCUGCUAAUAUUGGGCCAUAUAGUCAAGCUAUUCGGGUGAGUAAAAUAAUAAACUAAUUAUUAUAGAUUUGUAGAUAUAUUUAAUUCAAUCUUUUUAAUAUUUUAUAAACUGUCAAAUUAAUAGUUAUUAAAAAAAAAUUAUAAAAACUCUACAGUAGUUCUGUUCUUUGAUUUGAUAAAAGAAUAAAUAAAAUUCAUUACUAAUUGUAACAAAGUAUAAAAUAAUUUGCAAGUCUCCCAUUUGAUCUCUUUUUUUAGAUACAGGUUAAAUUUUCAACUAAAAUGCUUCUAACAAUACUUGUUUACAUUUUAUUAUUUAUUAUCAUAAAAAAGAAAUUAUUAUUUCAGAUUCCAAAAAAAUAUUAAUCAAGAGUAUAAUUAUCAAAAAAUUAAAUUAAAAUAAUUACUCUGACGGUUCUUCUUAGAUGUUAAAUACAUUAUUAUUUAUUAUUAUAUCUAUUACAUUUUAUUAUGGGCGGUAGGGCAUGAUGUAACACUGAUGCAAGGUGGAUAUAUAUAAAUCCACCUUGCAGUGAUGUUUGGUUCUUUCAAACUAUUUCAUGUCAUUUGUGGAACUGGAGUAAUUUAUUUUUAAUAAUGAUUAGUAAUAUUUAAUCAUGUUAUAUUAUUAUAAAUAAUUUUGAAGUUUUUAUAUAAGUUAUAUUUUGUAAAUGAUAUUAUUUUACUUUUUUACUAAUGCACACUAGUGUAUUAUUUUGUCCAUUCUGUUCUACUAAUAUUCACUUUUCAGUUUUCAGUUUAUGUUGGGACCACCAAUAAUUUAACCAUAUUUUAGGGAAUUUAUCUUCAUAGGGAAUAUUAUAAUACUAAGUUUGGUUGUAAUUUACAUUUUUAGGUUGGCGAUAUUAUUUAUGUUGCUGGACAAAUUGCCCUAGUACCAGGUACUUUAAACAUUGUUGAAGGUGGAAUCAGACAACAAUGUAGACUCUCAUUACGGCAUGUUAGUAGAAUUAUAAAAGCAGUUGAUCCUAAUACUCAACUUAGAGAUGUUGUUCAAGUAAAUUGCAUAUAAAAUAAAUUAAAUUUAUUAAUGUAUAAUACUAUAAUAUUAUUUUUUUAGGGUAUAUGUUACGUUACUCAUACUAAAUAUAUUCAUCCUGCUAGAACUGAAUGGGAGAAAAGAACAAACAAUGCUAUUGUAGAUUAUGUAGUGGUAUCACGACUACCAAAAAAUGCUAUUGUAGAAUGGCAUUUAUGGGCACAUAGACAUAAUGCUAGAUUUGAAUGUAAGUAGAUUGUACUAUUUUUUUAAUUAUUUGAAACAAUUUUUGUACCAUAACUUUUCUUGUAGAUGAAGAAACAGGUUGUUGUGUUGACAAUUAUAGGGUAUCAAUACGUCGACGUUGGAACUAUGAAAAUAAUGUGGCUGCAAUUGUAACAUAUAUAUCAUCUGGUACUUAUAAAACAGAAAAUGAAAAAUUAUUAUAUAUCCCUUAAAUAACUACAUAUUACUGGAUUAUAGGAUCUUGUACUUCAUUAUCAGCCAUCACUGAUUCGAUUGACACUUCUACCGAAUCUAUAUCUGCUAUUGGUUUGGAAGAGGCGUUCCGUUAUUCUUUAAAACGAUUACUACGCGGAGAACCAACAUCAACACCAACUGAUGCAAUUUGCUCAUUGCGAAUAUUUUAUAAAGUAUCACAAGAUCAAAAGCCUAUUUGUCGACAACUUAUUAAUUCUACAUUGAAUACUCUAAGAGCAGAAUACCGUAUAGUUGCUACUGUAGUACCUGUAUUGCAUUUACACCAUCCCAAUACAUUUGUAUCAAUUUGUGCUUUAAGGCAUAAUACUUAA